UCUCGACACGUUUGUUAUCUCUCUUGUCUUUAUUAGCUCUCUGAGUCGUCGACACUCGGUUAAGUCGGAUCAAGAAGACCAAGGAUAGAAAGUUUUAAUUAACUAUUAUCUUACCUUCACAGCUCUUCCAAAUCUAGCCUAAGAAUACGAAGUUCCUUUUUUCCGCCCCCGUUUACUGAUUGUCUCAUCCUGUCCGUGCUUCAAGGAAGAACCAAUAACAUCCUCAUCGUUCUUGAUUAUCCACCACGGAACACCCACCUCUCUCUACCCAUCCAAUUACUCGCAGACCUUGGCUAUCCCAUCUAUUUUUUAAUCUCUCUUUACUGAUUACUCCCAUUCACUUUGAUCCUACCCUGUUCAAAUUUUCUUCCUUUCUUCAAGAACAAGUUUCAACUCUGCAUUCUACGUUGCAGAAACCAGGGGAAAGCAAUGGCUACCAACCGAGACAGGGAGAAUGAAAAUUCAGAAAAGCCGCUCAUCGUGCAGCAAAAGGAUGAUAAAGAGCUUGAGAUCCACAGUGAUGGGAUGUGGAUGGUUUAUCUCAGCACAUUUGUUUCUGUCUUUGGCUCUUUUGAAUUUGGCUCAUCCGUGGGAUAUUCAGCACCUACCCAGUUUGGUAUGAUGGAGGAUAUUGGCUUAUCUAUAGCUGAGUACUCAGUUUUCGGAUCUAUAAUAAACAUUGGCGCAAUGAUCGGUGCCAUUACAAGUGGUCGUAUUGCUGAUUUCUCUGGUCGGAAAGGGGCAAUGAGGAUCUCAUCUACAAUAUGCAUGGUAGGAUGGCUUGCAAUCUUUUUUGCUAAGGGAGCCAUAUUGCUCGAUCUUGGAAGAUUUUUAACAGGAUAUGGCAUUGGAAUUCUUUCAUAUGUGGUCCCAGUAUAUAUAUCUGAAAUUGCUCCUAAAAGCCUUCGGGGAGCGUUAGCAACGUUAAACCAGCUUUUGAUAGUAGUUGGGAUAUCUGUUGCAUUCACUGUGGGAGCAUUUGUAAAUUGGCGGAUACUGGCUCUAACGGGAAUUGUUCCAUCUCUUAUUCUACUUGUUGGCCUCUGUUUCAUCCCAGAGUCCCCUAGAUGGCUGGCAAAGGUUGGCUAUCAGAGAGAGUUUGAAGCUUCACUCAGAGUACUUCGUGGAAAGAAUGCUAAUAUUUCUCAAGAGGAGGCAGAAAUCCAGGAUUACAUAGAGUCUCUUCAACAAUUUCCAAAAGUCACAGUAAUCGAUCUGUUUCAUAAAAAAUAUAUUCGUUCAGUGAUUGUUGGAGUUGGAUUAAUGGUGUUUCAACAACUUGGUGGAAUUAAUGGAAUAGUUUUCUAUGCAAGCCAAAUUUUUGCUUCUGCAGGAUUUCCUCCCAAUGUUGGAAACAUACUUUAUGCUGUUCUUCAGGUUGUGGUGACUGCGAUUGGUGCAACUUUAAUUGACAGAGCCGGAAGAAGACCUCUUCUGAUGAUUUCUGCAUCAGGAUUGCUUGCAGGCUCCUUAUUGAUUGCAAUGUCCUUCUAUUUUAAGACCUUCCAAUAUUUUCCCGGCGCGGUUCCUAUACUUGCAUUCACUGGUGUCAUGGUAUACAUAGGCUCCUUCUCAGUGGGCAUGGGGGCAGUUCCUUGGGUUGUAAUGUCAGAGGUAUUCCCGAUAAAUAUAAAAGGAAUUGCUGGAAGUCUAGUGACCCUGGUGAACUGGCUUGGGUCCUGGGUGACCUCCUAUACUUUCAAUCUUCUUGUGACCUGGAGCUCUUAUGGUACAUUCUUCAUGUAUGCUGCCAUUUGUGCUUUGGCUAUUGUAUUCAUCUACAAGGUAGUACCAGAGACGAAGGGGCGAACGCUUGAAGAAAUCCAGUCUUCCAUGAACUCUUGAAGAGAAACAAAGAGGUUGAAGCCGAGUAAAGGAAUGCUUGCUAGAGAAGUAGUUAAUCUAAUUUUCUGUUUUUAGAUCUAGUAAAGAGGUUCUAGAACCUAACAACACCAUGCGUGGGGAUCUAAUAAAUAACCCUGAGUGGGUAGUUCAGUUGGCAAGGAUCAACAUAUCACAAUUGAGAGGUCAUGAGUGAGCUCAACUCUCAUUGGGGCCUAUCCAAAAAAUAGGCUCUAUUGAGAGGGAAGGGGGCAACUUUUUGGCACAAGGUGAAUUUCAGAAAACUCAAACUUAGGCCUUGGCAACAAUUUUGUGAGGAAUGGAUACCAAUGGAACUAGCUAUAUCUAUCCAUUAAUGGAAAAUUUAGGUGUCUUUCUUAUUCAA